GGAUUAUUCAAAUUACAGCGUUACUAUGGUUCUGUGGCGUACCCUUGGGUCCUUAAAGGGAUUGUUGUAUGAACCUUACGGUUUUUUGUUUCUAUCGCCUCUGCUUCUGAUUGCAGAUGUUUUAUUUAGUUAUGUAAUUGUUGAAAAAGUCCCAUACACAGAAAUAGACUGGGUCGCUUAUAUGCAGCAGGUUGCAGGGUUUUUAAAUGGCACUUUGGACUAUGACAAGUUGGAAGGGCAAACAGGCCCGUGCGUUUACCCAGCUGGAUUUUUAUACAUAUACACUUUUCUUUACUGGCUUACCAGUGCAGGAACAGUCAUAAAAACUGCUCAGUUCGUCUUUCUCGCGUUGUAUAUCGCUACAUUAGUGCUGGUUUUCAAUAUAUACAGAUUGUCAUUCCAGGUUCCCCCCUAUGCCCUCGUUUUUAUGUGUGUUGUAUCUUAUCGUGUGCAUUCAAUAUACCUAUUGAGACUUUUCAAUGACCCGGUCGCCAUGUUCUUUUUGUAUGCAUCCAUCAACGCCUUGCUGUACAACCGUUUCACAAUUGGCAGCGUAUUAUUCAGUCUUGGUGUAUCUGUAAAGAUGAACAUACUGCUUUUCUCUCCUGGAUUUUUGAUUGUUCUGGUCUGGCACAGAGGACUUUUCGCCACCAUUGGUCAUCUUUUCGAGUGUUUCGCUGUACAAUUGGCUGUUGGCACUCCAUUUCUGUUCUACAAUGCCCUGGCAUAUGUGAGCAGAGCAUUUGAUUUUGGUCGCCAGUUUAUGUUUGUAUGGACAGUUAACUGGAAAUUCCUACCAGAAGACACGUUCUUGGAUAGGCGGUUUCAUUUACUUUUGUUGAGUGUACAUUUAUGUCUGCUAUUCAUAUUUUUCUGGAAGUUUGUUCGUUCACGUGGUGGCUUAUGGAAUUAUCUCUGCAUUCGUGAUCCUAAACGAAAUCCAAAGUUGGAUCCUACAGGUAAUCAACUAUAUUUUUCACUUGCUGGGUAAAAAUGUUUUGAUUAUGUAUCAUUGAUAUUACAUAUCAACUAGACAUGUGAUAUAACUCCUCAUGUCCCAGAUGAUAAAAGUGUCUAUAAAAAGUAAUUGAGGUGCACUGACGUUUUUUUAUUUGAAUACGGAGGGAUUUUAUGGUUUGUUUGCUAUGUGAAUGCAUGACACUGUUUGAAUAUGCUUCUAUAAAAGAAACCAAAUGAAUGAAUUCAAAUAAUUGAUGAAAAUGAUUCUAUGAUUCUCGCUUCAUUCAUUUACUGACCUAAUGGAAAACAGUGAUCCAUCUGUCUUUGAAUUUACCAUUAUUAGUAUAGAAUUACUUGUUUAUAUGGGCUUUACUCACAGUAGUCUUUUUAUUGAUAUUACCUGUGAAUUCCAUGUAUGUUAAUAAAUUAACUCGAAAUUUACUAGUUUUGAAAUUAAUAACGACUAGUCUUAUCGAUUGAAACUUUGAAGUCAGCUAGAGAAAUAUUUGUUUUUGGAUACUGUGGAUUAUCGUGAUUUCAGGUCUCUUCUGAUAAUCUUUAGUGUCAUUUAAUAUGUACAGAUUUUUCUCUAGUUUGAUAAAUUUUCUCAUUUGUGUAGAGAAGCCGAGUAACUGGAAAAGGCGAAAGAGUAUGAGGUGUGUUAAACUCUGCUUUCCAUUUAUAUAACAGAGACGAUAAAGUUGUCAUAUUUAAUUAUCCUCUUACUAAGUUAUUCGUAUGUACUUGGAUUUCAACAAAAUAUAAACAUAGUCGUUAAAAAACGUAAAUAUUCAUACACAUACACCUAUGUGACAGCUAGUGAAGCUAAUGGGGCGGAGCCACUUUAUAAAUCGACUUUCUAAAGCAGUGACUUCUGUAAAUAUAAUUGAAACUGUGAUUCAGCAGUCAUCAUACGACCGUUUGGUGAGGACAUUCAACGCCUUACAACCUGCUUAAAUCUAAACACUGAUUCUGUAGACUUAAGUAACUGUCUGUUAGGAAGACUUGUAUGCAAAAGAUUGCAUUUAUUUUUUCUUCGAUGGGUAUCGGUAAAAUUCACGGGUCAAGACAAGCUGUAUUUCUUAAGAAGUGAAAUACUUUCGCCUUCAACUGUUCAUCAGUAUUGACCCUGAUAAUACGGAGGCAGGUAUGAUUAUAUCUUCAGAUUUCACUUUAAACUUUAUGUCUUUCUUGUGUAACUUGACUGAAGAUAACAAUGUUGACGUUGGUGUUCCGUACUUUCGACAGGUUCCAAGGACAUUGAUAUAAGAGCGAUGAUGCUUGUCUGCCUUGAGGUAACUACUACUGUUCAGUUUAAAUGUUAAUUAACGUUGUUGUUUUUUCUUUUGAGUUAUUGUUCUCUGCUUUUUCAUCUCUUUUAAAAUGUAGCUAUACUAUACCCCUUGUUCAUGUCGAAUUUCGUCGGUAUUAUUGUUAGUCGUUCGUUGCAUUAUCAAUUCUAUGUUUGGUAUUAUCAUACUAUUCCAUACCUUCUAUGGUGUGUUAAAGGCUUCUCCGUUCCUGUCCGACUGUUAAUCCUCGGUCUAAUUGAAAUUUGUUGGAACACUUAUCCAUCAACAAUUUGGAGCAGUGGUCUGUUACAUGCAUGCCACUUAUCAAUCUUGGUCGGAUUAAUUGUGGGUUCUGUGCCAGUCAAAUCUAUAUCUCUGCCUUCCAAAAAAGAAACAACUAAGAAUACAGGUGAUACUCCUUCAAAAAAUCAACCAUCUAGUGCUCGCAAAAAAGCUUUCAAAGGAUCACGAACUUCCAGUGGCAAACAGAAACAAGCUUGAACUCUUUCAUCCUAAUGAAUACAUGUGUAAAUGUCUUCUAUAUUGUCAUUUGUAUUCAUGUACAGAAUGGUUUAUUUUUCUAAUAAAUAAACUAUUGCUAGUCUGCAGUUUA